AUGCGUGAACAAAUGCUGGAGAAAUUCGGAGAGAUGGGAUUAGUUGGAAGGAUUUAUAUAGCAUCGGAAGGAAUAAAUGCCCAAUUAUCAUGCCCGGUCGCAAAAUUGUCGGAAUUAAGGGAGUACUGCAACCGGGAAUUGAAUUUGAACGACAUGGAAUUUAAUUACUCGACGAUACAUUUGAAGGCUUUUAGAAAAUUGAACGUAAAGAUUCGGCAUCAGAUCGUUGCAGAUGGAUUAGAAGAGGGAACUUACGAUUUAUCCAAUCAACCUAAUCACCUUACACCUGACGAAUGGCAUAAAGCACUAUCGAAUGUCAAAAAACCCAUUACUCUGAUAGAUAUGAGAAAUCAUUAUGAAAGCGAGAUUGGAUAUUUCGAAAAUGCAAUUCGCCCGGAUGUAGACACCUUUCGUGAUGGUAUAAAGAUAAUGAAUGAAAUAUGUGAGGGAAAACAAGAUGAAGAAAUUUAUAUGUAUUGUACUGGUAAAGUGGGAUUCGAUGCUCAAAAGCUGGAGCGAUUCUCCGAUCAAAUGGUUUUAAAUCGGUUAACGUUCUUAAAGGAGGAAUUACAGCCUACGGACUUGCACAAUGUCACACGUGCGGAAAGCCGUGUGACAAACAUACAAAUUGCCGAAACAAAAGUGGCAUUGAAUAGGACAUGUGGAGCAGAAUUCUGUUUAAACUUGGUAAAAGCAUGGGACGAGAAGUUCGGAAAACCCCCCUGCGGUGGAUUUGAUGAUGUUAAACCUGGAGGAAUGGAAUGUAUUUAUGACCAUAUACAUAGGACUAGGCCACAAUUAGUUAUUAAGAGGUUGGGUGGAAAGGUUGCUAAUGUGCCUUCCAAUGUUAUCGAAAAGAUUUUGGAAAAAGUAGCCGAAAAAUGA